CCAGGAGCAGCGACACCGCCCCGCUGAGGCGCCGCCGCUGCGCAGGUUACUUCUACUCCGCCAUCGCCGCGCCGCCAGGGUCAUGUACAGGCAGGGUUUCCGCCCCCCGACGCCUCCGUACGUGGGCCACGGCUUCCGGAGCCCUCCGUCCGGCGGAGGCCCAAUGCCGCCCUCCCCGCGGGGCUACGGGAGCCCCCACCACACGCCGCCCUACAUGCCCUGGCCUGGGCCUUACGGCAGCGGCCACUCGCCCCGAGGACACGGCUUCCAUGGCGGCGGCGGGCGGUUCGGGAGUCCCUCGCACGGGGGACAUACCCCGCGCCGGCCGCACAGCGUCAGUCCCCGGUACCCGAUUCCCUACGGCAGCAAAUCCCCGGCUGGAGCUACCUUGCACCCGCAGCAGCACAAGCGCUCGCCCGGGGGCUUCCAGCGGCCCUACCAGGGAUCACCCAGGACAUCUACUCCAUUUGGUACAGCGCAUGGCAGAGAGAAAAGAGUGUCUAAUGAUGUGGAAAACUAUUACAGACCUUCAAUGCUUGAGGACCCAUGGGCUGGCCUAGAGCCAGUUUCUGUUAAAGACAUAAACCAACAAUACAGCAGUGAGCAAACAACAUAUACUGGUAAAAAAGGGAGGUAUUUCAGCUAACACUUUUAAAGGCCAAAUAACUCCAUCUUGUCAGGAAAACUUUGGGACAUAAUCUUUACACUUACCCAAGAUGAACAAUAAUCAAGACCUUAAUGGUUUUAUUUGAUCCCACGUCUGCCCUUUUAUCCUACUUUUGGUUUUUAUUGCAUUGGAUAUUUUUAUGUACGGGAGGGAAAAGGAGUGGUAGGAAAACUUACAUUUCGGUUAUGUGGAAGUGCCUACCAUCUUUGAAGAACAAAGUGUUCUUUAAUCACCAGCGACUGAUCUGUGACUGUUAAAACAGGUUUCCAUAUAUUUACCUCUCUUCCAUGCCAGAUUGUUAGCCUUUUAUUGUAAACUCCUUUAGGAAAUGGUAUUUUUUUAUGUUUCAACAUUUUUAGGAUGGAUAGCUUGGAAAUAAAAUGGAAAUUUUGUAAAUCCUUGUUUUGUAAUGUAUAAAGAUUAUUUUAGGACUUUUGUUAAGGUGUACACAUGAACACAAAUAGUACUAGUGAAAUUAGGUGAUUUCUGUAAAUGUGCUUGUAUGCUGAAGUUUACCUCUGUUUUUCUGCAUAGUAUUUUUUGUUAAUUAUAGUGUAACAUGAAGUUGAAACGUGACUUUUAGCCAUCUCAGGAAACAAAUGUGUUGUCUUUGGAAAGUUCAAUUUGUUGGGUCAUAAACAUAAAUCUGUAAUAAUUUGCUUUUGUACUUAAAAUCAAUCUUAUUUGAGUAAGUAGACAUUUCUGGAUUAUAUUAACAGGUCUGUUGAGUGGCUAUUUAAAAAGCACGUAAAGUAUCAAGAUAAAAGCAGAUGUACUUUCUGGAUCCACCUGUUAGAAUAGCAUAAAAGGAAUGGCAAUGUGUCAUACAGCUGACUUUAGUACAUGCAUAGCAUCUUUUUUUUUAACCUGUACAAGAUUUCUCAAUUUUUUUUUAAUUAUCUUUUAUUUUUACCUAUGGCAGGCAUGUUUGCCUGGAGGGCUCUUGUUUUGUGUGCAUGCAUGCUAUAUUUUUAUACUAAACUGGAAAAUGAGGGAUUUUAUAGAGUUUGUCUAUGUGUGGAAGAUCCAUUCUUAAAUCCAUUAGGAAUAUUGUAGUUUAGAAUAAAUAAGAUAGUUCCAGCUGCUCUUAAUGUGCCGCAUUAAGCCUGCAGUAGAUAUUUACAUUUUUGUUGAAGGAACCAUUAUUUGUUGAGCUUGGCUUUUAAGUAGUAGGUAGAGGGUGAAAACUUAGUUAACUAAAACAUUAGUUCAGUUUUCAAAACAUGUUUAGUUUAAAGCAUCUUAGAUAAUUCACAGAAAACAUUUUUGUAAUUGUGAAGCAUGGUUAGGUAGAAAAGCACAGGGAAUCACAUUAGAGUGAUUAACUUGUCUUUUGCUGAGGUAGAAUAGUCAUAUAUAUUUUACCUGUUUGAGCAUAAAAUGUCUUGGGUUAAUACUGCCUUCAGGAACAACGUCAGACUGGAAGGGAGUUAACAUGCUGAAAUGUCCUAGCUGAGUCUCUUGCACUUUGUCACUUGUGUCUUCCCUCAGUUCAAAUCUAAAGUUUAUCACUGGUGUCUUCCCUCAGUUGACUGUACUGUUUCAGUAUUGCAUUCAGAAGGGCUGCUCAGUGUCAAGAACGGUCACAUCUUCAUCCCAGAAACAAAACCGUGCCUUAAAUGGCAGCUGUCAGUAUCAUUAUCUGUCAUGUGUACCAGCAAAACUGAGAUGAUGGGGCAAGUUCCGAUCUUUAGAAUUUAUAAAUCAGUUAAUGACAUGGUGGAAAAAGUGAAGUAUCAAGUUUUCUUUACUUUUUCGUCAGGCACUGUGAAGCUCACAAGAAAGUUACUGGGUGCUUAACCCAGUCACCUUUUCUGUUACUGUUUCCUUUGUAAUUCAGUGCAGUUUACUUCCUGAAAUGUUUGGUGAUGUUGGAGAAACAGAUACAAUUUUACAAAAGAGACUAAAGCUAUGACAUGUUCCCAGUUAGACACAGGAAAAAACUCAAUUUGGAAAGGGGAAAGGAAAAGGGUUAAUGUUAGAGAGAUUGUUAGAGAUUGAACUGCUUUUAUACAGUAGCCAGUAUUAGCUGUCCUUGCACAUCGCAGAGAUGCAUUUUUCCAGUGUAGCUUUACAGUUGACCCAGGAAUCAAAGCCACCUUCUCUGGUAAUAACUGUUAACUCCUGGAACUGGGACAUCAACGAAGGUGAAUGUUCCAGAAAGAGAAAUGAGGAAAUAAUCUUGAAUCAUUGUUUAAUCACUACAGGCCUUCCACAGUUCCAACUAUUUAAGCUGCUGCUCCCAUGAACUUCAGGAUAUGAUCCAACAAUUAUAAGCACAUCAUACUGCUAAAGGCUACAGUAAUUUGGUGAAGAAUCAGCAAGGAAUUAAAAUGCAGAUGUAACAAACUUACUAACCUCAUCAUACUGCACCAAAAACUUUAAAAAGAUUCACCUUUCUGUCUUCUAGGAGACAUUCUGCAAUUACAGUAAAACUUUCAAAAUGUCAUUGUUGAAUACCUGUGAGAUGUAUGAACACAUGUUUAGAAUUAUAAAUAUAAUAUACUUAAAGCCAAUUUAAACUUUGCCUUUUUUGCUAUGAUACCCGGGAAGCUUAAGCAUGUACUUCCUCACUGAUUUUUCUCCUUUUUCCCCAUAUGGCAAACGUUGUUUUUCCCCACAUCUUUCUAAUGGAGAUAUCACUUCCUCAUUUGUUAAUGAAGCCCCUUCAUAGGAACAGUAUGGCUCUGGAAAUAGCAUUUGGUCUUUAAAAAGUACAGCGCAAACACAUCCUUUCUUCAUGAACCCAUGAAACAAAAUAGUGCCUGUGUCUUGUUAACAGAGGGAUUCUUCUGUAAUGAACACACUAAGAGUAUGGGCAUUAUUUUUUCUUCAACAGAUUUUAAGGUAAGUUAUUUAGCUCCUUUUCCCAAAGUUUGGAUUGAUGUACUUUUCCAUUGUUUUGUUUGCAUUGAGUUGGUCUGUCAAGUCUGUCUGACUUUCAGUUGUAAAAGAGCUAUAAAACUAGUGACUCUUGUAGUAAAAAACCAAUUUCAUUUAUUGCUGUUUGCUACUGUGGUUAACAAUGAACUCUAUUGCUACCAUGUUGUGCUAAUAUCACAGCAAGAUAACUUAAAUCGCCUGAGUACAACUCUUGUGUACCAUUGCAACACACCAGGUGGGCAGUUACCUCAAAUUGUGUACUGUAAUACUUCAAAGAUGUUCAGGUUCGGGGUUUUGCGUGACUUUGUAAUAUGAAAUAUUCAUUCUUUGGCACUUUGUAUGCACUAUUUUACAUUGAUAUUGCGAAACAAUUUAGAAUGUUAAAAUUCCAAUUAAAACAUGGUUUUUAACUCUUA